CCUAUUAUUACUGUUGUAAAGCGGAGGAAUUAUAAACAAUAUAUUGAUAUUGAAGAAUGGUUGUUUCAUGGAGGGUGUUGUCUUAUAGAAUAUGGCAAAAUCAACACUUUUUGAAAUCGAUAAGCAAAGAAGGGAGAGCCUUUUCAUCCCUUGCACAAACAUCGCAGCAAGAAACAAUACCUCAAAGCAAUGAUUCUAAAAAGAAAACCACGGAACGGUCGUCCGAUUCAUUGUUUUCAAAUUACAGACACAUUUAUCCAGAGUUUUUACCAGAUCCGAAUCCACUGUAUCGUAACAGUUUGAGAGAAAAAUUGGAACGCAAUGAUAUGUUAGCUAGAAGAGCUGUAAUAACUAUUCCUGAAUUUUAUGUCGGUUCUAUAGUGGCGGUAACUUAUGCCGAGCCACAUGCAACUGGAAAAGUAAACAGAUUCGUCGGUAUAUGCAUUUUGAGAGAAGGUUGUGGUUUAAGGGCCUCAUUUCUUCUAAGAAACGUUGUGGAUAAUGAAGGUGUAGAAGUACGUUAUGAAUUAUACGAUCCAGCUAUUCAGAAAAUUGAAUGCUUAAGGUUGGAAAAAAGAUUAGACAAUAAACUACUUUAUCUCAGAGAUGCACCAGCAGAAUAUAGUACAUUCCCAUUUGACAUGGAACCAGAAAAAUUACCCGAGGGAACACCUGUACCAGUGAAUGAAAUUGUAAUUACUCUUAAAGACCAAAAAUGGUUAGAAAAAUGGGAACGUCAAAAUUUGAAAGGAGUGGUAGAACUAAUGCCAUUUGUUAGCCAAAAUCGUAGAAGAAAGGCAGCAGCUGCUGUUACACCAUGGGAGAAAUAUGAUUUAAUGAAAAUUUACAGGGAAACUAUUCCACAAGAAGAGCAAGAAGAAAUAUUCUCCGACUUACAAAUGGAUCUCAAACAGUUAGAGGUGAAGAAGAGUAUUCUGAAACGUAAACGUACAUUUUCACUACCAAAGAAGAGUGUAUAA